AUGGCUGACGAUUAUCAAGUUCAGCAGGCAAAUGGUGAUCAUAUGAAAACUGAUCAAAAACCACUGCUGGAACUUUACGUAAAGGCAUCAGGUAUUGAAAAUCGACGCAUUGGAGCAUGCUUAUUUUGUCAGGAGUUUUGGAUGGAAUUGUACGCGCUUUAUGAAAUUGGUGUCGUUCGUGUUGAAGUGAAAACGGUAAAUAUCAAUUCCGAAGCAUUUAAAAAAAGUUUUCUGGGAGCACAACCACCAAUUAUGGUGGAGAACAAGUUUGUGAUUUUAAUAAUUCUAAUGAAUUAAAA